AUAAUAGAAAUAUUAAAUUAAAAAAAAUCUCACAGAGUAGGGACCGAGCACAGUGACCAGUGAGUAGCUUAUAUUUAUCAACACUUGGAGUCUCAAAAGCUCGGAAUUCGGUUCCGAUCUUUGAGCUUUCCUCUAGCUGCCAAUUUUUCAAAGUGAAAAGAUGGUGGAUCUGACAGUGAUUGACGUUUCACUUAACUAAUGCAGCAAAACCCAUUUCAAGAUUUAUGUUUUCUUUGCUUUUACGGACCUUAUUCAUUCAUAUUUGAGUAAGAGGCGUUAUUACUACAAAAAGAUGUCAGAUCUUGAGGCCCCCCUGCGUCCAAAGAGGAAAAAGGUGUUGGUGGACUAUUUUGUUCAGUUCCGAUGGAUUUUGGUUAUUUUUGUCGUCCUGCCAAUCUCCUUUACAAUUUACUUUCUCACUUAUCUUGGGGAUGUUAAAUCCUCAAUGAAGUCUUACAAGCAACGCCAGAAGGAACAUGAUGAAAAUGUUAAGAAAGUUGUGAAACGUCUCAAGCAGAGGAAUCCAUCAAAGGAUGGUCUUGUAUGCACAGCCCGUAAACCCUGGAUUGCCGUUGGAAUGCGGAAUGUAGACUAUAAGCGGGCUCGGCACUUUGAAGUUGAUUUGUCAGCCUUCCGUCAUAUUCUUGACAUUGAUAAAGACAGAAUGAUUGCAAAAGUGGAGCCCCUUGUCAACAUGGGGCAGAUCACUAGGGCCACAGUCCCAAUGAAUCUUGCCCUUGCAGUGGUUGCUGAGCUUGAUGAUCUUACUGUUGGUGGGCUCAUCAACGGUUAUGGGAUUGAAGGAAGCUCUCAUAUAUAUGGCUUGUUUUCUGACACUGUCGUAGCUUAUGAGAUUGUUCUGGCAGAUGGUCGAGUUGUUAGGGCUACCAAGGACAAUGAAUAUUCUGAUCUUUUCUAUGGCAUCCCAUGGUCUCAAGGAACACUUGGGCUUCUUGUCUCUGCUGAGAUUAAGCUUAUACCCAUUAAAGAGUAUAUGAAGCUUACAUACAAACCUGCAGUGGGCAAUCUAAAAGAUCUUGCACAGGCAUAUGUGGACUCUUUUGCGCCCAAAGAUCUUGACCAGGAUAACCCAGACAAGGUUCCUGAUUUUGUAGAGGGCAUGAUUUAUUCCUCAACUGAAGGUGUAAUGAUGACAGGGAGGUAUGCAUCUAAAGAAGAAGCCAAGAAGAAGGGCAAUGUUAUUAACAGUGUUGGUUGGUGGUUUAAACCUUGGUUUUACCAGCAUGCACAAACAGCCUUAAAGAAAGGAGAGUUUGUAGAGUACAUCCCAACCAGGGAAUAUUACCACAGGCACACAAGGUGUUUGUACUGGGAGGGAAAGCUUAUUCUUCCAUUUGGCGACCAGUGGUGGUUUAGGUUUCUCUUUGGCUGGUUGAUGCCUCCCAAGGUUUCACUGCUUAAAGCUACCCAAGGUGAAGCAAUCAGAAACUAUUACCAUGAGAAUCAUGUCAUUCAGGAUAUGCUUGUUCCUCUUUACAAGGUUGGAGAUGCCCUAUUGUGGGUCCACCGUGAGAUGGAGGUAUAUCCCAUUUGGCUCUGUCCACACAGAUUGUUCAAGCUGCCCAUGAAAACUAUGGUGUAUCCUGAACCAGGAUUUGAGCAUCAGCGCAGACAGGGGGACAGUCCAUAUGCUCAAAUGUACACAGAUAUUGGGGUGUAUUAUGCACCGGGACCUAUAUUAAGAGGUGAGGUGUUUGAUGGUGCUGAGGCAGUUCGUAGUAUGGAGAGUUGGUUGAUUGAGAACCAUGGAUUCCAGCCACAAUAUGCAGUUUCCGAGCUGAAUGAGAAGAAUUUCUGGAGAAUGUUUGAUGCUGGGCUGUACGAGCAGUGCAGAAGGAAAUACGGAGCUGUCGGAACCUUCAUGAGUGUCUACUACAAGUCCAAGAAAGGAAGGAAGACUGAGAAGGAGGUGCAAGAAGCUGAGCAAGCCCACCUGGAACCUGCUUACGCAGAAGUCGAUCAACCAGCAGACUGAUUAUGGAAGCAAAUUCAGAAUGAAACUGGUGGAUUUCUUGCAGUUACAGGAAUCUGCCAGUGAGUUGUUUCAUUUAUAUUUUUAGAUUGCUUAGCGCUUUAGUUGCUGCUUAAUUUUCAAGUCGGGGUUUUUAACGGAUUAGAUCAGACUUCAGAUGAUUUAUGAGAUGACAUGUUAAAUCUUAAUGUUUGUAGACAGUUUCAGGCAUGACUUCCUAAGAGCCAUCUUUGAAAUUUUGUGUGUUUCUUCCAGAGCUGUAUAAUUUUGGUUUAGGGCUUUUAACCAGUAAGACUCUUUGUGUUGUGGUA